AUGAUGGAGAAGAGCGGGCCAGAGCUGAUGUGCAGCUGGGUGAAGGAGCUGGUAGCUCUGCCGACGUUCGAUCGUCCAGGAGCCGAGCCCAAGAGUCGCCUUACGUUCUCGCUCAAAGGGUCGUUGCUUCUUCCUCGCGAAGACGCCACAGCAGCGAGCAUGCUCACGGAGCUCCAGAACUACGACGCCGCGAAGAGCACGGUCAUGAUCAGCCCGCUGGAGACCCCGAUGGAGCUGUUUCACGUGCCAGGCCUGUGGCUCCCCACCGAGCAGAUAGUCUGCGAGGCGCUGAGGAGCAUGGGCGGAGAGAUCAAGAUGAAUAGAGCCCCCAGGGGCAACCUGAGUCGCCAGCUCGGAGGCGGCAAAGGCAGGGGCAAGAAAUCUACAAAGUGA